AGACGUGGCGGCCGCGACAGGCCGCCCCGCGCGGAAGGCGCUGAUGAACGGCGGCCGCCCGGCGCCAUUGCCAUGAAGAGUUCCUGGGGGAGCGGCAGAGGCUUCCCGAGAGAAUGGCCGGGAGGAGCCAGCCCCCAGCCGGAGCCCUGCCCGCCGCGGGCAGCAGCCGCGCGUACCCGUUUGGAAACGGUCUCCAGGCGGACAGCGAGGCGCAGGAGGAGGACGGGGAAGUGUCCGAGCUGCGCCCAAGAGGGAGGGAGAAGGUCCGACGAAGUACCUCGCGAGACCGGCUGGAUGAUAUUGUGCUACUAACGAAGGACAUCCAGGAAGGCGAGACUUUAAACGCGAUAGCGCUGCAGUAUUGUUGCUCGGUUGCAGACAUCAAGAGGGUUAAUAAUCUUAUCACUGACCAGGAUUUUUUUGCACUGAGAUCUAUCAAAAUUCCAGUGAAGAAGUUCAGUGUAUUGACUGAAACGCAUUGCUCUCCAAAAGGCAAGCAAGUUUCAAGACCUUUAUCAUCUACUCAGUUUUCCCCAGAAUUCCAAGGAACAUCACCAGCUUCUGAUUCAUUUUCCUGUAAUGAGACUGUAGGCAACUUCUUGAAAGAAGUGGAUCGCGAUAUAGAACAAAUAGUAAAGUGCAAUGAUACAAAAAGAGAGAAUCUUAAUGAAGUUGUUUCUGCCUUAUCCGCACAGCAGAUAUGCUUUGAACCUGAUGCUAAAACCAAAAAGCGGAAAGAUCCCUAUUACGGAGCAGACUGGGGCAUAGGAUGGUGGACAGCAGUGGUGAUAAUGUUGGUGAUUGGCAUAAUAACUCCAGUUUUUUAUCUCUUAUAUUAUGAGGUUUUAGUGAAAGUGGACGUUAGUCACCAUUCUACAAUGGAAUCUGCCCACUCACUAGUCACAGCACCAUCGCAACAAAAACAAAUUGAAAAUGGAAUAAAUCCAGCAAACAUUAUGAAUGUUGAGAGUGAGGAGGAGCUUCAGCAUUACAAUGGAAAGUCCCAGGAGACUGUUGUUCAUAGACAUAUAACAUAACUUUCACAUGAAGAGAGAAACAGUAUAGAAUGCGAAAUGCAUCUGGAAUGCAAAGA